AUGAAAAGUAUAAUACAGGGGUUUUCCCUAGAUAGUCCUUACAGACUGUGGAUUCUGUUCCGAAUUCUUUGGUUGGUCGAAUUAACAAGUUGGUCCGACCAACGUAGUAAGUCGGUUUGACCAACCAAAAGAUUCCGGAUAGAAUCCACAGCCCUGUAAGGGCUAUCUAGGGGAAACUCCUAUACUUUUUAAUUUGUUUUUGUUGCUUUUUGCAUGCCCUGUAUGAAAAUGCGUAGAAUUGCCAACAGGGAUUUGUGCUUUGUGGACAAAUGAUCUUAUAUUAGUAAAUUCUCAAGAUUGUCCAGAAGAAACUAGCUGCUCAAUUUUGCAAUUAAAAAUCCAAAGAGUGUGGCAAAUGGAAGGAAAAUUAUUAUGCGAAAAACAAAAAGUGCCAACGUAUUCAGAGUCUGUUAACUGUGGGGUUCGAAAUAUUUGGUCAAAGCAUGUACAAGAGCAUCCUAUUCGAUGCCAUUGGGACAUUAAUUGUGAGCUUAUGAAUGAAAAGCAUAGAAAAUGUGUAUGUGCGACUGAUGGGAAUUCAUAUUGCAGCAUUGCUGAGGGCGACCAAGAAUUAGACUAUUAUAAUACAAAUUGUGAGUUCUUGAGCUAUGAAGAAAAUUAUUAUUGGCAUCUUUAUAUUGAACUAUUCCCUUUACUUAAUAAUUUAGAUAAGUGCUUUAGGGACAGAUUUGAAGAGUUUGAGCUGCUGAACUAUUUGAAUAUAACUCAAAAAUCUAUAUAA